CUGUCACUACAGCCUCCGCGCGCCUCCGCGCCGCUCCACAAACAGCCGCGCGCGCAGGCGGAGGACGCACACUGCGGGGAGAUGAGAGCCGUGGCAUGUCCCGGAGCCGCAGACGAGCCGCUCGGAGCCGGUCACCUCCCCGCAACCUGGGCUGCUCCCGCGCACCUCCAGGAGUCAUGCUGUUCCGUCAGAGGCUUUUACCGCCUCAUCGGGCUGGAUUGAAAAGAGAAAGUUCCGUUUGGAAUUGAAAUCUAUACGCACUUGUUCUUUUGGGGGGUUGUUUUGAGCACCGUGAAUGAGAUCUUCACACUCCCGGUGACUUCAGAGGAUCCGUUUCUUUGCUGCGUAUUUUGGGAUUACAGCUGCAGGAAGGAGAUAUGCUGAUGUUAUUGGUGGUCAGUCUGUCCGUGUUGGUGAAUCCAGGACCCUGUGUGGACGUGUUUCGAGCAGGUGUGGCCCCCCGCUGUGAGAGCCGAGCCUGCAACCCCCGCAUGGGUAACCUGGCUCUGGGUCGCCAGGUUUUGACACAGACCGUCUGUGGCAACAACGGCACUGAGCUCUCCUGCUUGUACUCGGACCCCAACUCCAACCUGGCCUGCAGCGCCCCCAAGUGCUCCAAAUGCAACGCCGGCCUGGCUCACUUGUCCCAUCAGGCAGGCUUCAUGUCUGACUCCUCCUUCCGCCACCCAAACACCUGGUGGCAGUCUGCGGAGGGGGUGGAGUCUGAGACGGUGCAGCUGGACCUGGAGACCACCUUCUACUUCACUCACCUCAUCAUCGUCUUUCGCUCCACGCGGCCCGCCGUCAUGACCCUGGAGCGCUCGCAGGACUUUGGACGGACGUGGGAGACGCUGCAGUACUACGCCAGCAACUGUAGUGCCUCCUUCGGGAUGCAGGAGAACAAGGGGGUCCAGGACGGACCCGCCUGCACCUCCAAGUACUCGGGAGCGUUUCCUUGCAACCGAGGAGAG